GCGUGUGUGCGUGUGUGUGUGAUGAGGGAGAGUGAGCGACUUAGGCUAUAUAAAGCGCGCGCAUCGCACUCGUAAAUGAAGUCCGGCAGGCAGCGCGCGCGGGAUGUUGAUUUUCUCACUGUUGGUGUUGCCGGUUGUGUCGGCUCUGGCUGCGGAUGGUCGCUCGUACCGGCGCCGGGACCCGGUGACCGGAGAGUGGCUGCUGUGCGACCGCUGUGCCCCGGGGUUCCGCAUGCGCAACCACUGCACGCGCUCCCACCGGACCGAGUGUGUGCCGUGCGGCCCGGGGCUGUUCACCGAGUUCUGGAACUACAUCCCGGACUGUCUGCUGUGCGACGCGUGCUCGGACCACCAGCGGGUCGCGCGCCCGUGCAACGGAACCGUGAACACGGUCUGUGAGUGCGAGCCCGGAUUCCACUGGGAUCAACACUUCUGCAAGAGACACACCGCGUGUAAACCGGGCCACGGAGUCAAAGCUGCGGGGACGCCGCACAGAGAUACGGUGUGUGAGAGCUGCGCAGACGGGUGGUUUGCCAACAUCACACAAGCGCAUGCGGUGUGUGUCCCUCACAGCGUCUGCACUGCUGACCACCACGAGCUGCUGCCCGGAGCCGGCUGGCACGACAGUGUGUGUGCGAGCUGCCAACAGCUCUCUGAGAACGGUUGGGAAGAGUUGUUCCAGCCGGUUCUGAACGGUCUCCACAUUCAGUACAGUACUCCCAUCCGGCGCCUGCAGAACUUAGUGAACCGCCGUCUGCAGAGGAAACUGCGCAAAAAAGACACGCUCCGGACGGCUAGUCAUUCCUCUGAGCUGCUGAACCUUCACCUGUUUCGCCAGGAGUCAGAUCUAUCUUAUUUAGCCAACAGAAUUUCCCACAGCGUCCGCAGUUUUUUACAGCAGCACUGCAGCAACACACGACAGCAGCGGCACUGAGACGAAGCCAACGCCUCUGCCGCUCUCGGCCUCAUGUCUUUCACCUGCUUUCUGAAAUAUAUGAGGGAGAAUGUGUCUAAAUCCACGGGUGUCAGACUGUACAUGGGGGAAAAGACGUCUAAGGGACUGUGGUUUUUAUUUAAGGGGCCACCGGAGGACUUUUGAGACCCUCCCUUCACCAAAAAUAUUUUUUUCUAUGUCCUUCCAAAAUGAUUGUGAAAAAAGGCAUGACUGGCCCUGAUAGUUUUAUCCUCAACUAGUUUUUUGGGUGUAGGUCUACCUUAUAUUAACAACAAUAGUAAUAUAAAAACGGUAGCCCGACAUCUAACACAUCACACUCCACGGUUAUGGUGGCGAUUUCAGCAGAUUUACUCGCUGACGCUGUUGUGGAAACACAAUAAGAAUGCAAACUGAAUACGGUAGUAUUGUACAGUGCAGAUCAUAUCAGCUGCAGUUGCCUCAGCCCGAUACUGUAAAACUCGAUUUU